ACGAAUGUCACGAGAUCGCCAAAGUGGAGUGGACUAAAUAGACUAAGUCCUGGGAAAAUUAUAUUGAAAAUUGUUCUUCUAACGAAAAUUGUUGAAGAAUAUCUACAAAUAUGGCUGAGGACCAAUCACACUAUGUAGAACUGUCGGGAAACCCAAUAAGAUUUGAACCUAUCAGCCGUCAGACCAACGUAUUUUACGAUGAGGUAAAACGACAGGUGUUUGCUGUGAGAUCAGGAGGAGCCUUUGGAGUAGUUGUUAAGGGACCUGAUGAAAAGACAAGCACAACAUUUAGAAUGGAAGACAAAGGACCAGUUAUAUCCAUCAAAUUCUCAUCUGAUCUUCGAAUCUUAGCCGUGCAGAGAUCACAGAGGACAGUGGAAUUCAUUAAUUUUCAUACUGGCAGUGCUGACACCUCCGAGUAUUCCCAGAUGUGCAAGGGCAAAAAUACAAAGAUCAUAGGCUUCAAUUGGGUCAGCGGGAAUGAGAUCGUCUUCAUCACCGAUCAUGGACUAGAGCUGUAUCAGGUGACUGCUGAGAAAAAGACGCUGAGGUCAAUGAAGAAUGUCAGUAUCAGCAUCAACUGGUUUACAUUCAUGAAUGAGAGUGCAUUGCUUCUGGUUUCAUCGUCAACCCUUGGUAAUGUGCUAACACCUAUACAUUGUAAGACAGGUAACAUAUCCAAGCUUCCCAAGUUUGAAGUCGAUCUUCCAGUCGUUCCCAAGCCUCCGAAACUCUGUCUUCUUGAGAGAGAUGUAACCAUAGCAAUCUUGUACAGCGUGAUAUAUGUUGUAGUGCUUCGACAUCAGCCUAGGGGACCAUCAAAUCAAGGAGCUGAGAUAGUUCUCUAUCAGCUACAAAGGGAAUCACCAGCCAAGAAAACCGAUGUCCUCCGGCUCAAUAUGAGUGGGCGGUUUGCAGUCAAUGUUGUCGACAAUCUAGUCGUUGUACACCACCAGGCAUCAAAGACGUCCAUGGUGUUUGACAUUGGUCUGACCCCGAAUGAGACUGAUAACUACUGUAACUACCACCACCCAGUCCUGGCCCCUCUGCCAAUCAAACCAGUCAAACUCAAGGUAGCUGGGAUACCCACGCAAACCGGACUGGAGAUGAGAGAAGUUGGUGUGGAACUGUAUUCACCUAAUUGGGUAGUAUUUCAGCCUAAUAUCGUGAUCGAUGCUAAGCUUGGAUGUCUUUGGCAUAUAAGUCUUAGGUUAGAUGCACUGGUUCCUAUGAUUCCUGAUAAGUGUCGACUGAUAGAUUUCUUAUUGCUGAGGAGGGAGAGCAAGAAAGUUAUUCUAUAUGUCCUACAAACAGCAUUGGUACCUGGUCAACACUGUAAUCUUGCCACCAUUGCAAAAAUCUUCAACAAACUCAAUGAAGUGUACAGGAGCUACUUGGCUGAACGUCAUGCGCUACAUGUAGAGGAAACGUCCUCGCCCAAGAACAGCCAAUCCGCAGCGAGGGUUUCGUUAGGGACAAGAGUCGUCAUCGAACAGUCCGAUAUGUACACCCAUGUACUCACACCAGUAGCUGAGAGGAAAGCUAGAAUGAAGGAUUCAAACCACAAGUUCUUGGUAGCAGUAUUGGUGGAAUACAUCCGCUCUCUCAACCAGUACCAAAUCCCAGUUCAGCACUUCCUGUAUGAACUGGUAAUCAACACCCUUGUCCAUCACAACUGUUUCUAUCAACUACACCAGUUUCUUCAAUAUCAUGUCUUGAGUGACUCCAAGCCCAUCGCGUGUCUUCUUCUUUCUCUAGAGAGCUGCUAUCCGCCUGCUUACCAACUAGCACUGGAUAUGCUGAAGAGAUUAACAACGGCCAACGAGGAGAUCAUCGAGGUGCUCCUAUCCAAGAACCAGAUCUUAGCAGCUCUCAGGUUCUUACGGAGUGUCGGUGGAGCAGAGAACGCUUCAUCAAGAAAGUUCCUAGAGGCAGCACUGAAUGCGGAUGAUGAUAUGCUUUUCUACACUGUCUUCAAAUUCUUUGAGCAACGGAACCUGAGAAUGCGGGGAAAUCCUUUAUUUGCUCCAGGUGAACACUGCGAAAAGUUUGUGCAUGUCUUUGAGCAGAAGUUUGGCUACGAGAGCUUCGUGCCUAUCCAAUGAUAGAGGGUGCCUUACGAUGCAAGGAUGAUGAAUUCUACUUAAACCAAGGCCGUGGUUGAUGCUUGCUGUUAGCUACCUCGGGUUUUGAUGGUGAAGGUAUCGCAAGUGUACCCAGUUAGCGGAGUAAUGAUGAUCAAGGUCGGUAGCAGAUGUAGAUGAUCAUGUCUGAUUGAUAAUAAUAUUGCUUGGCGUAUGCUGUCAAACCCGGAUACUCAGGUAGACCAGGGCCCCGUCUUACAAAGAGUAACUAUGGAAUCCAUCCAUACCAUAAUUUUUUUGGCAAAAAUUUUGC